CUAAAUUCCAAAAGCCAUAAAAAUUUUACAAAAAAAGUAAAAAGAAAAAAGAAAAAAAACAAUACAGAGAAGGAAGAACCUUUGGCCUCGCCUUGCAUUGAAACCUUAAGGCAGAGAGAAGCCUCUGCCUGACAGGUACUUCAUCAAUCGCAAGCAAAGCAAAACAAAACAUGGCUUUUCAGGAUUUUGACCAUAUAUCAGAACGGCGAAAAAGAGAGAGGCAACAAAAGCUUAAAAAGAGGAUAAUCAUUGCUUCAAUUUUAAUCAUUGUCCUCCUCCUUGCGGUUGCUGCUGCAGUCUGCUUCGUCCUCUAUAAAAAUCGCUUGGCCAGUACCAACAAUCAUUCCAACAAUGGCACUAGCAAUGGCAAAGGCAAUUCUCCUCCGUCUCAUCCUACGAAAGAGGGUGGUGUUUCACAAUCCCAGAAGGCCAUAAAAAUGAUAUGUGCCCCCACAGAUUACAAGCAAGCUUGCGAGAGCAGCCUCUUGAAGGCGGUGGGCUCCAACUCCUCUGCAACGCCCAAACCCAAGGAUCUUCUCAAGGCUGCGAUCUCAGUGGCUGCGCUUGAGCUCAACAAGGCCAAAAACCAGACCGCUACAUUCAAAUUUGAAACCCCUGAACAGCAAGGGGCAUUUGAGGAUUGCACGGUACUCCUGGACGAUGCUACAGAGGAAUUAAACAGUUCCAUAUCAGAUAUAAAUAAUCAAAAUUUGGGAAAGCUGUCCUCGGCAACCCCUGAUUUGAACAACUGGCUCAGCGCGGUGAUGUCUUACCAACAAACAUGCAUCGAUGGUUUCCCCGAAGGUGAAAUGAAAACUGCAAUGCAGAAAGCAUUGAAGAAUACAAGGGAACACACCAGCAAUGCUCUUGCCAUUAUCACACAGGUAGCUUCUGUCUUUUCUAACUUCCUACAGGCACCUGCGACAGGAUCAACCGAUCGACACCUUUUGACGACGUCAUCGACCACCACCGCAUCCUUGGACGAGGAUGGGCUUCCGUCCUGGAUGACCCAUGAGGAUCGAAGAGUGCUCAAAGUAAAGGCGGCUGACAAAUUCACCCCUAACGUGACUGUCGCAAAAGAUGGAAGCGGAAACUUCAGUACCAUUACUGCUGCGCUCGCUGCAAUGCCCAAAAAAUACCAAGGACGGUACGUUAUUUACGUUAAAGCAGGAAUUUACGAGGAGUACAUCACAGUGACAAAAGAGAUGGUUAAUGUGACCAUGUAUGGUGAGGGAUCGCAAAAGAGUAUUGUCACAGGGAAUAAAAAUUUUAUAGAUGGAACUCGAACAUUCCAAACUGCAACUUUUGCGGCUAUAGGAGAAGGUUUUAUGGCACAAUCUAUGGGAUUCAGAAACACUGCUGGUCCAGAAAAGCAUCAGGCAGUGGCUCUGAGAGUCCAAUCGGACCGUUCAAUUUUUGUUAACUGUCGUAUGGAGGGCUACCAAGACACCUUAUACGUUCAAACCCAUCGCCAAUUCUAUCGUAGCUGUCUCAUCACCGGCACUAUUGAUUUCAUCUUUGGAGAUGCAUCUGUUGUUCUCCAAAACUGCAUGAUAUAUGUUAGGAAGCCAAUGGACAACCAACAAAACAUUGUCACUGCCCAAGGAAGGAUCUGUAAGCACGAAACCACUGGAAUAGUGUUGCAAAACUGUAAAAUUUUGGCAGAUGAUAAAUUGGAGCCUGAGAAAGCCAAGUUCAAGAGUUACCUUGGAAGGCCCUGGAAAGAAUACUCUAGAACCAUUGUCAUGGAAUCAGAGAUCGGUGAUCUCAUUCAUCCUGAAGGAUGGUUACGCUGGGACGACAAAGAGGCUACACUCAAGACACUCUAUUAUGCAGAGUACAAGAACAAGGGUCCCGGGGCAAGUGUUACUGCCAGAGUCAAGUGGCCUGGUUACAAGGUUAUUACUAACAAAGAAGAUGCAACCAAAUUUACAGUCGGUCCCUUCAUACAAGGCGAUACUUGGCUGAAAUCUGACAAUGUUCCAGUUCGUUUUGGCCUAUUUUAACUACUACUGCUACUGCUGAUUACUGACUUAUCUGGUCAUUUUCGGUGUCCGGUGUCUGAUAACUUAUCAGUGGCUGAGGUUUAAAAAAUCUUUCAUGGGCAAGAGAUGUGCCCUAUUAUUGUCAUGCUAGCUGUUGGCUUUGGUACAUGAACCAUGUCAUUUUUUGUUAUGAAAUAUGGUAUACACAUAGAAUUUUAAAAACAAGAUCUCAUUCAUCCAAAAUGAGGUGUCAUUCACAUUUUUGAAAGUAUGAGUCACAAUGGUGGUUGUUUUAGUUUGAAUUCGAAGUAUCACAAACAAUCACACCAUUCUGUACAAAAGUUUUGUACAAAGAUUCUCUUGGUAUAGCAUUACAAUUUUUUUUCA